AUGGGCGCUGCCGCCCGAGCAAAACCCGAGCAACAACCAAAUCGAGUUUGUGCCACGUUCGGCAGCACCGGACUGAGUCCCCCCGCGAUCGCGUUCUUUUCAACUUUCCCUCACGGUACUUGUCGACUAUCGGACUUGUCCCGGUAUUUAGCUUUGGAUGGAGCUUACCACCCAAUUUGGGCUGCGUUCCCAAGCAACCCGACUCUCGGAUCGAAGGCCGACGCUCGCCGUCCGCACCGAAUAGGCCUGGCACCCGCCGCGGGCGGCCCCGAUCGAGGGAACUCCGAACUACGCGUGACGAAAACGAGCGGCUGCCUUCGACCCAUGCGCCACAUGUCCCGAAGCCUUUUACUUGCGACGGGAUUCGGCGUUGGGCUUCUCCCGGUUCACUCGCCGUUACUAAGGGAAUCCCGGUUGGUUUCUUUUCCUCCGCUUAGCGAUAUGCUUAAGUUCAGCGGGUCGUCUCGUCCGAGCCGAGGGCGGCGGUGUUUGAGGUAA